CUGACGUGUAUUCUUGAUACGUAAAUUUACCGCCCGCUCCCCUAAAAAAUAUUAUUAACCAAUUAACUGUUUUGCAUGCUUGAAAACUUUUUUUAAAAAAAAAACAUUAUUAAGCAUAUUUUUACCGAGUAAAAUAGGUUUACCCACCCCCAGCUGGUGAACCGGGGUAGUGUUUGUGUUGCUAGGUUAUGCUGUUUAAAAACAUCCCACCCAAAUCCCAUUGUCACUUCUCUUGAAUUCAACCACCACAUAUAUAUGAAUUAACAAACUUCUAGCACCGGCUUUUAUUCUGAAAAUAAUUCUGUGUCGUCACUCCAUCCUCCUCGCGUCGAACGGAUCGAUAAAUUGCUGCAUCCGAUGCUAAAUCGCUAUCAUCAUGGAGACGAUUCCGUUCCUCUGAUCCGAGCAACCGAGGGACCGAGAGCUGAGCCGAUGUCAGGCUGGUGAGGCUGCACCAGCGACGGCUAGGAGGGAGGGCGAUGUCCGGGAGGGAGGAUGCGGUGUCCUGCUAGCCGGGAAGAGCACCACUGAUGACCGGCUGUUUGGCUCUCUUUUUUUUAUUCACUGUGGGUGGCAACAUGGCCAGUAAGGUAAAGUGGGUGACAGAUAUUGAGAAGUCAGUGCUCAUCAACAACUUUGAAAAGAGGGACUGGAUUCAAGUGACUGAAAAUGACGACUGGAAUUUUUACUGGAUGAGCAUCCAGACCAUUCGCAACGUGUUCAGCGUGGACACGGGCUACCGCUUAACCGACGAGCAGAUGGUCAACCACUUCCCCAACCAUUACGAGCUGACUAGGAAAGACCUGAUGAUCAAGAACAUAAAGCGCUACCGCAAAGAGCUGGAGAAGGAAAACAACCCGCUAGCUGAGAAGGACGACAACGGGAAGUACAUCCACCUUGAUUUCGUGCCGGUGACGUUCAUGCUCCCGGCAGAUUACAACCUUUUUGUGGAGGAGUUCCGCAAGAACCCGUCCAGCACGUGGAUCAUGAAGCCGUGCGGCAAAGCGCAGGGCAAAGGCAUCUUCCUUAUCAACAAACUGUCCCAGAUCAAAAAGUGGUCACGGGACAGCCGCACAUCUACGUUCAUGGCGGCCUCCAGUGGUAAGGAGGCUUACGUCAUCUCCCUGUACAUCGACAAUCCCCUUCUGAUCGGCGGAAAAAAAUUUGACCUGCGUCUCUACGUUCUGGUCACCACUUACCGGCCACUUAAAUGCUAUAUGUACAAGCUGGGUUUCUGUAGAUUCUGCACAGUAAAGUACACGCCAAGUACAAGCGAGCUAGACAACAUGUUUGUGCACCUUACCAACGUAGCCAUCCAAAAACAUGGAGAUGACUACAACCAUGUCCACGGUGGCAAGUGGACGGUAAGUAAUCUGCGGCUUUAUCUGGAGAGCACAAGAGGAGACGAAGUGACCAGUCGACUGUUUGACCAGAUUCAUUGGAUCAUGGUGCAGUCCUUGAAGGCUGUGGCUCCUGUGAUGAACAACGACAAACAUUGUUUUGAGUGUUAUGGUUACGACAUCAUCAUUGAUGACAAACUCAAGCCAUGGCUCAUUGAGGUCAACGCGUCACCCUCGUUGACAUCCAGCACGUCCAACGACCGCAUCCUCAAGUACAACCUCAUCAACGACACCCUCAACAUUGUCAUGCCCAAUGGCGAGAUGCCGGAUAGCCGCUGGAACCGAAGCCCUCCUCGAGAUGCUCUGGGCAACUAUGAACUUCUGUACGACGAAGAGCAGGCGCAGAGCGACAACGCCGAGCUGAGGAGCCGCUCGGGUCAGUCGCUGGGGUCAAAAGGCGCCAAGGGCAUUUCCGUCCGCCCCGCCGCAGCCACUUGGAAGUGACGAGCUUUUCAACCUCAUUACUAAUCAAGGAUUGAAAAGGAAAUGGAUUUUAUAUUUGUUUUAUUUUGGAUUGUGCCUCAUUUUGCCUACUAUUGUGGAAUGUCACUUUAUUUGCUUGCUACCAAUGCCUCUGCUUUAUAAAGUUUGGAUUC